AUGGCUAAACUGGGAUUACAUGAAGAUUGGACUAGGUUGUUCAUGAGAUGUGUUUCCUUAGUGACAUAUGCAGUACGAAUUAAUGGGCAUCCUUGGGGUCAGAUUGUUCCAACACGUGGGCUUCGCCAAGGGGAUCCAUUAUCACCAUAUAUAUUUCUUAUUUGUGCUGAGGGUCUAUCAACAUUGUUGCACCAGGCAAUCCAGAACAAAGCUUUAAGGGGAGUUGCUGCCUCAACUAAGGGCCUAAAGAUCUCACAUUUAUUUUUUGCUGAUGAUAGCUUCAUUUUAGGAAGAGCCACAACUAGAGAAACUGUUGAAAUACAAAAGGUGUUACAGGUAUAUGAGUUGUCUUCUGGUCAACAACUGAACAAGAACAAAACCUCUCUUUUCUUCAACCAUAACACGAACAAUGGUACGAAGGAGACAAUAAAAGCAAUGUUUGGUGCACAAGUAAUCAGAUCCCAUGAAUCCAAUCUUGGUCUGCCAUCCCUAAUAGGGAAGGAGGUUUUGAUAAAGGUCAUUGCUCAAGUUGUUCCAUCCUAUACAAUGUCUUGUUUUAAGCUACCCAACUCUUUGUGUGAGGAGCUAACCGGGAUGGGAUGGAGACUCCAAACCAACUCCUCAUCUCUAUUCUACCGAGUUGACAAAGCUAAGUACUUUCCGAGGUGUGAUUUUAUAAAGGCAAAUAUUGGUUAUCAACCUUCAUAUGCAUGGAGAAGCCUCAUGGCAGCUCAAGACUUGGUCAAACGAGGACUGAGAUGGCAAGUGGGGGAUGGGGAGCAAAUCCAAGUUUGGAAAGACAAAUGGCUUCAAAACCCAAGUACAUACAAGGUGGUGACUUCGGAAAGUUUUGGCCCUGAGGAUGUGGAUGAAAUUCUAAGCAUUCCCCUUAGUGCAAACAAGGCUCGGGAUAGACUAGCCAAAGAAGUUUGGGAAUCAAGCAAGUUGGCAUUACCCUUUGAGAUCAGGCCCUCAUGGGACUUUAUAGAUGUUGGGAUAUGGAAAAAUAGAAACGAGGUAAAACGUGGAGGCAAGGGCAGAACAGGAAGGGUGAUCACUAAAAGCUCCCUAUUACUUUUGGAGGAAUUCCAAAUUGCGAAUGAGGGUCCACAAGCCACUAGAGUGAGUACUUAUGAGGUGGUCAAGUGGCUUCCUCCAAGCUCGGGUUGUUAUAAAGUGAAUGUAAAUGGUGUCGUGUUCUCCAAAAGAAAGCAGGUAGGAAUUGGUGUGGUGAUCCAUGACAGUUUGGGAGAGGUGGUUGCUGCCCUAAGCAAGAACAUGGCCUUGUCGCUUGGUGCACUGGAGACAGAAGCUAAGGCACUGGAGGAAGGAAUUUAG